UUAUAAAUGUCAAAAGUAAAAUCGUUUUCAUAACUUUGACGUCAUUACCUAAAAGCGCAUAAAUAUUUUAAUAAAAACAAACAAAAAGUGGCUCAAAUAAGGAUAAAUUAACUUCAAAGGCAAUAAUAUGAAAUUAACUUUAGGCAGAUAUCGUGUACUUUUGGGUUUGCAAUUUUCUCUUUUGGUUGCUGAUUUAUUUUUCAACACAUUUGCCCAUUUGCUGUUGCCACAAAAACUUCAAUUGACAAUAUUAUUGUUUGUCACCCAGGAUUUGUUCAUUAUCUGCGAGUAUCUCUUUUUCACCUUUGCCGUUCAUGCCACCUGUGUCUAUGAGGUGGGGGCUACUCAUGUUAUUCUGAAGAACUGCAAAUUAUUUCUAUUUACCAUUUUGUUGUACUUUUUGCUGUCGGUUUCGCAACACUUUUGGUUUGUCUACAAUGUCCUGUGGUAUCCCAUGACCAAUUGGUCAACAACUAUGAAAGCUUUAUCAUUUGUACAGAGAACAGUUUCCUUCUUCUAUUAUUACACAUAUAAGCGCACAGCUUUAACCAUAUCCGAUCCGAGAUAUUAUGAGGAAAAUAUAGAUUGGAUUGCGGAGCAAUUGAGUGAUAAGUAAAUGAGCGGGAAAUAUAUUUUGGAUUAUACAAUAAUACGUUCUUAUAUAAAAAAAAAAAAUAUAUUAAAUAUAUAUACAUUUUUGUGUCUAGCUAAACAAUUGCAAAUUGUUGAAAACCUUAGGCAGAGGUUAAGGACGAUGUAAUUAAUAAAGACAAAAAACACAAAUGUUUUUGUUGUUUCGGUAGAAAA